AUGGCACGACUGUAUAUAGCAAAGCCAAACGACGCUAGGAAAACAGCAAGGAAAAGUCCUGAAGACAAAGAUAAGGAAGAUGUGAAAGAAAAGACGGCCAGAUCUAGGGGUGUAGCUAUAGGCAAAGACAUGAAAAAUGAACCGCCAUCCACAAAUACCCAUGAUCCAGCAGAAGGACACAGAAAGGAAGAAAACACCAAGCAGACCAUCACAGCAGAAAAGCACAAGAAUGACCAGGGGACACUAAUCUCCCAAUUUACUGACCUCUCAUUGACCUUCAAAAAGAGAGAGAAGGGGAGAAAAGCGCAACAACCAGGGGCUUCCAGUCAAGUGUGCCGCCUAGCCCAAUCCACAGAGGAAAAUGAGGAGGAAAUAUCACAGACUGAUGCUGAAAACGGGAUUGAUGAUGAAAAGGAAGUGGUUAGGAGGUUUACUCAAUUACAGCUACAAGGUGGUUCAGAUGAAGAGAGGGAGAAAGAGCCUGGGAGAAGUACGCCAGAUAAAGCAGAUAUUGCGAUACAGCAGGAUAGAAAGAAAAGGCCAACUCAUAUCCUGGAACCAUCCAGGAAGGAAUCUAGUGACAGCGAGGACCAACAAGAGGACAGAAUUGCUGGCCAAAGUGACAAUGAUGAGUCUGAUGGAUUUGACUCAUUAGAUGAUUUCAUUGUUUCUGAUAAUGAAUCUCUGAGCCUCUAUGAAGGGACAGAGUCUGAAGGAGAUGAUGAUUAUGAUAGUGGAGAGGAGAAUAUUAUCUCUGACAAGAAGCAUCCAACUUCAGACACAGAGCCAGAGCAAGAGCAAGAGCAAGAGCCAGAGCCAGAACCAGAGCAUCGCCCACGCAGGAGGCUGAUCAGGGGUAGAAGAGGACUACGCCCUUCAAUUCCACAGCAUACUUUGGAUGAUGAAAAUUGUGAGGCUAAUAUAGCUGGAAGCCCUCUUAGCUUCACCGCAAAACCAUUGUUUUCAACAGGUGUGGGGAGCAACACAGGUUGUAUUACAGACCAAGAGCAGACAGGACAAAAUGCAGAUAUCAAAACAAACCUCCUCUCAGACUCUAAACCUUUACUCCCUCCUCCUACGUCCUCUAAAACUUCAAAAAGCCACACACAGCAAGAUAAAAUGAAGCCAAACCUCACUCCUACCAAGAAAACAAUGAGUAGAGCCAUAGAUUUCACUCAAGGGACAUCCCAGCCUUCUCCAGAGUCUCCUCAGGAAAGGAACUCGCAGAUGGAUUUUGUAACCCCCCCAACAUCACCCUCAAAACCAUGCCUUAAAUCACCUUCAAAGUCUCAGAAGAAUCGUAUACCCCCAUCCCCACACAGGCCCAGCAUUGAUACGUUUUGGAGCCAAGAGGCUGUUAACCAGUGGAAUGAUAAAUUUUCCCCUCGAAAGAUGCAAACCCCUAAUUUUCAUCGGCGACACUUUGAUAUUUUCUCGGACACAGAAGACGACGAAGAAGAUGAAGAGCUGCAAAGUCCCGAUAACCAAGACGACGAUUACGGAACUGCAGAUGUCUCUAUUCCAGGGCACCUAGGCACUCCCGACCCCGAAUCCGCUUCGGAUAAGCUGCCCCUAUUUACUUCCCCCAUCAAGAACAAUUCCAGUCCCGGAAAGAAACAAAUCAAAGCUUCGACGUCAACGAAAAAGGCAUUGGCUGCCAAAAAGCGCGAGUUCGACGAACAGAAACAUGCACUUGCUAUAAAUUUUUUCAAUGAGUUGGAUAACAUAGUGACGGGUGGUAAAAUCUUGAAGCUCACCAAAUCUGCCGGUGGUGUGAAUAUUGUCUGGAAUAAUAAACUGGCCACCACAGCUGGCAGGGCAACCUGGAAAAAAGAACUUAUCACAAAGACUAGACAGUCGACGGAACAACAAGUCCUCGACUCUUCUUCUGCUAAUCUUUGUUCUCCAAACACGUCCUCAUCACACGCUUCUUCGAUGGUAUCACCGCCAAACACGAACUCCUUGAUCAGAACAAAAAGCUCGCCUUCUGAAAAGCGCUCUACAUCCAGCCGCACGAUCAAACACAAUGCCACCAUCGAGCUAGCAGAGAAAGUAAUCGACUCGGAAGAUCGAUUACUCAACACACUGGCGCACGAAUACUGCCACCUGGCCAACUUCAUGAUAUCAGGCGUUCUCAACCAGCCGCAUGGUGCGAGCUUCAAACAGUGGGCCAAGGAGUGCAAGACUGCCCUGGACUCCAAUCCAAAGUACUCCUGCAGAGUCGAGAUUAACACCAAGCACUCAUACCUGAUCAAUUAUAAGUAUAUGUGGUGCUGUGAAACCUGCGGGCAAGAGUAUGGUCGACACUCAAGGAGCAUCGAUCCAGCUAAGGUUCGUUGUGGGAAGUGCUAUGAUGGGGUCUUGUUGCAGGUUAAACCGAAGCCGAGGGGGAAGGGAAAGAAUAAGGAGACGUAG